UGUGUGAGAAGUGUGUUGUGAAAGAGAGCAGUGUGUGUGAGUGUGUGUGUCAGCCAGAGAGAGAGAGAGAAAGUCGGAGAGAUGAGUUCCUCUCCACCCACAUCCAUCCGUGUCCAAUGCGAGGGGGAGGUGAAACAGUUGAGAGCUUACUGUGCUAUUAACUGGCAUCAUUUAGUUGCCUCAGUCUGGAGAAGAGACUAGUGAAGACUGCUCUCCCGUCAGAAUUCCACCCAGUUGGAGCAACAAUGACUUCACAUGUGAAACUCCGUAAGGAACGGGUCGGUGUGAUAGACUACGACACUCAAAUCAAAGAGGUGCGCUGUCAGCUUGUGGACCAACUCAAGGUGUUAGAUGUGCAGCUUGAGCAGAAGAGCCAGCAGCUGCAGGACCUGUCAGACUACUUGCGGCGGCGGGGGGAGAUUGAAAGCGAGUAUGCCCGCUCCCUAGAAAAACUCACUGAAAGGUUCACGUCUAGGAUCAAGAGGAAGGAUCCCAGCAGUCACUCAGUGGCCCAGGUCUGGCUGGCUCUGCUGUCCCAGACCCGCCAGGAAAGUAGGGACCACAAUGCACUGAGUGAGCGCUGCAGCAGCUUCCUCACCCAGCCCCUCACACACUGCCUGGAGUACACACAGCGCCUUGCCAAGAAGAGUAAAGACGUCUGUAAUCAGCUGCAAGAUGGACUACUCAAGGUCACCACUGAGCUACAGACCGCAUGGCGGACAUACUACCAGUACCACUCAGAAUAUUUGUGCGCAGAUGGAAAGCUGAAGGAGGCAGAGAAACAGGAGGAGAAGCAGAAGCAGAGUGCUAAUAAAAAGCUGGAGAGGUUGAUAGAAAAAAGACAAGGAAAGGUCAAAGAGAUCAACCUAAAGUGCAGCAAAGCUCGAAACGAUUACCUCCUAAACUUGGCUGCAGCCAAUGCCUCCAUGAAUAAGUACUACCUCCAGGACAUCUCUACUCUCAUAGAUUGUGCAGAUAUAGGGUACCACCUUUCUGUAGGCCGAGUGAUGAAGGCCUACCUGUCCGGUCGGUGCCAGACCCAGCAGAAUCUGAGCUCGGGUCUGCAGCAGCUUCAAGGCACCGUGUCCGGACUGGACCAGAGUCAGGACAGAGACCUCCUCCUGCAGGAUCACUACAGCACCUUCUGUUUGCCGCUCCGCUUCCCCUAUCAACCCCAUGACGGAGACCAGGUGUCCGAGGUGAGUGCAGAGGGUGAGAUGAGAUGUGAGUUGGAGACCCGAUUCAAACAGAUACAAACCCGACUGAAGUCUGUUUCCCAGGAAACAGAGGAGGCCAGUAAGAACAUGUUGGCGGCUCAGUCCUCCCUGCUGGAGAAUAUCGGGGACGAUGAUCUGGAGCCCUCGUCUCAGGAGGGCAGCACUGAGAACCUGACAGUGAAGCCCAGUGUGGCCCGCCGCAGGGCCAGCAUGCAGGAGAUGGAAACCAUCUACUUCACUAGAGUAAAGGAGCACCUCACAGGCAGUUCCCUGAUAUCUAAACUGCAAGCAAAACAUGACCAGCUAAAAGAGGCUGUGGACAAAGCAGAACUGUCAAGUGGAAAUCAGCCUAGACCCAAUGGGAAGUCUAUGCGUGUCAGAAGGAAUCACUCGUGUGCCAAUUUGUUGCACAACCAAAAACUUUUCAGUGGAGACAUGAUGUCCUUCAUACAGGCAUCAGGACAACAGAUUCCAAUUGUUGUGGAAAGUUGCAUUUGCUAUAUCAACCUCAAUGGUCUCCAGCAUGAAGGGAUAUUCAGAGUGCCGGGCUCUCAGACCGAGGUCAACAACCUGAGGGAUGCAUUUGAGCGAGGAGAGGACCCCUUGGCUGAGCGGAGAUAUGAACUGGACUCUGUGGCUGGAGUGCUGAAACUCUACUUCAGAAGUCUGGAGAAUCCCCUCUUCCCCAUCGACAGCACCAGCCAACUCCUGGAGCAUGCCCAAAUUAGGAACGAGGCAGAGAGGGCAGCGCAGCUCAAAAUGGUAAUCUUUUCCUACCCUGAGCGCGUCAUCGUCGUCAUGAGAUACCUCUUUGCAUUCCUUCAUCAUGUGUCUCAGUACAGUGACGAGAACAUGAUGCAGCCCUACAACCUGGCUGUGUGUUUUGGCCCCAGCCUGGUAAGGGGGGCUCAGGACGAGGACGUUGUCGCCCUGCAGCCUCAGAUCAACGCUGUGGUGAAGGACAUCAUCCUCCAGCACGAAAGCAUCUUCCCCAACCAGAGCGAAGUUGAAGGACCGAUGUACGAGAAAUGCAUGACGCUUGAACUGGAUGACUGUGAGCCAAUCAUUGAAGAAGGAGAUGUCGAAGCAGAGUACACCCAUAGCAAAGAUGAGUUUGAAGCAGGAUCCUUGGCUGACAACAGCCCAGGUUCAUCUGCAGCAACACAUAGAAAAGCAGAACGUCCUCGAGCUAACAGCAGCGGGUCAAUCGACAAAAGUAAGGUGACAACUGGAGGCGGCAUCACUUCAGGUGGAAAGGUAAUGCUCCAGAUUCCCAUUGGGCCACAGAGCAAGCAACGGCGAGGCCAAUCUCCUGGCUAUGUGCGAAGAGUAUUACAGGAACACUCGUCUUCUGAGGAUAUUGUCAUUAAAGUAGACAAGGAGGUCUGUCGCCAGAUGGACACUGUCUUCAUGGAACUUCUCUCGCGGCAAACACUGCAGGAUCCCUCCUCCUCCGCCGCCUCCUCUCCCUCUGCCCAAGGUCCCCAAAGGAAAGGGAAGAAGGAUGGACGCGGAGGGAGAGGAACAGGGCUCUUCAGAGCCGCAGAGCCCAUGGACUGAGAGGACUGGCAUUAGAAGAUGGUGUUUGGUUAUGUGCUCUGGCAGUUGCUUUCAGCACAUCUAGUUCUAGAAAAUGAAGACCACUGAAACCCCUGACCCAGUUGUACUUUUCUGAGGUCUUUUAUAAUUGGCCUUGGCUUAUUUCCACAGGGUCGCUCCCCAAUCAAACCCUUUUUUAUUGUUGUUUCUAAUGGCAGAACCCUGCCUUGACUGUAGGCCUGCAGUACAAUGUGGAUAUUGUGGAUUACUUGAAAAACACAGGUGUGUUUGUAUAUCUGUGUUGGUGUUUAUAUUCAAUUUAUUAAUUUCCAGUUUACAAGUCAUAUUCUCUACUGUUCAGUCUGCAAACGCACAUCUAUAUAAAAGUACACAUACAUUCUUCAUCCAAUGUUUUUUUUUAUGAGAAAAGGGGUUGAGGUGGGAGAAACUGUGAACAGGCUACUGUAGCUGUAAAGAAUGUAUAUAUGAAUGGUUUGUAACUUGUUUCAAACUUGAUUUUGCUUGUAAACCAGGCUACAUGCCCAAUAAAUAUUUUGUCUAUUCUGA